AUGCCCUCAACUCACAAAAAACCGAAACCAUGGGACACGGAUGACGUUGACAAAUGGAAGGUCGACACCUUCACUCCCAAGGACAACGUUGGCGGCACAUUCCUCGAAGAGUCCUCUUUUAUGACCCUGUUCCCCAAAUACCGCGAAGUUUACCUCAAGGAGGCAUGGCCUCUGGUCACCCGAGCCCUUGAAAAGCACGGAAUCGCUUGUAAGCUCGAUUUGGUGGAAGGAUCUAUGGAAGUACGAACAACUCGAAAAACGUUUGAUCCCGCUGCCAUCCUCAACGCACGGGACCUCAUUAAGCUACUAGCUCGGUCUGUACCCGCACCUCAAGCUAUCAAGAUCCUCGAAGAUGGUGUUGCUUGUGAUGUGAUCAAGAUACGCAACCUUGUUGGAUCCAAGGAAAGAUUUGUGAAGAGAAGACAAAGAAUCCUUGGUCCCAACGGUUCGACUCUCAAGGCGCUUGAAUUGCUCACAGAAACGUACAUCCUGGUCCAUGGAAACACAGUCUCCGUCAUGGGGCCCUACAAGGGCCUGAAAGAGAUACGACGAAUCGUGGAAGACUGUAUGGCAAAUACUCACCCAAUUUAUGGGAUAAAAGAGCUCAUGAUAAAAAGGGAGCUUGCAAAGGAUCCUGAGCUUGCCACCGAGAGCUGGGAUCGCUUCCUUCCCAACUUCAAAAAGAGGACUCUCAGCCACAGACGUGUUCCCCACAAGGUCACCGACAAGGCCAAGAAGACAUACACACCAUUCCCUCCAGCUCCUGAAAAGAGCAAGGUCGACAAGCAGAUCGAGACUGGCGAGUACUUCUUGGCCAAGGGCGACAAGAAGCGUGCUUUGCACGAGGAGCGCAAGGAGAACCAGAGCAAGCGAAAGGAGGAGAAGGCGAAGGAGCGAGAGGCCGAGUUCGUUCCACCGGAAGAGGGUCGUCCCAAGAAGAAGCGCAAGAAGACAGAAGAGUGA